AUGAGGAGACGCAGACGACAGGGAGGGGUUCCCAGAGCCUCCUGCCUCAGCUUAGCCUCCCCAGGCAGGUGCCAUUGGGCCCGCGUGCAAAUGGGGCCUCAGACACUUCCCCGCUGUGUGACUCUCAGCGGGGCCCUCAACGCUGCCUGCCUCAGUUUCCUCACCUGGAGAAAGUGGGGGCAGCACGCAGAGCUCCCUCUAAGGCUUGUCCUGGGAAUCACAGGAGGCAAUAUUCGCCACUCACUUGCUGGGCCUCUUCCCUCCCUCGGGGCCUCCCUCCGGGGCACGUGGGCUACAGACACACUCCGAGGAAGCUGUGCGGCUGCCCCCGCCUUGCGCCCUGGCCCAGCCUGCCCGUGCCUGGCCACGAACCCCCGUUGGCCUUGCUGGGGAGCGGACGCCCACGGGACCGAACCUGAGGCUGCCGAAAGCCCCCUGGACACAGGACCUUCCCAGCGUCCAGCCUCAGUUUCCUCAUCUGUAAAAGGAGGGGAUUGGCCGGCGAUCCUCUUCAGCCCUCACUUUCCAUCUUGGGAUCAGGCUCCAAGGCACAAGAGCGCUAAGGGCUGGGCCUGGGGGGAAGUGACUCGUCCAGGGUCACCCAGCUGGGAAGGGCCGAGGCCACAUUGGAACCCAGGACCUCCUGCCUCUGGGCCCGGCUCUCCCUCCACUGGCCACCCGGCUGCCCCUGGAGACCUUCCUUUGCAGGGCCCUGGAGCUUCCCCGCCCUCCGUGGCUCUGUGCAUCUUGGCCCUGGCCCUAUCCACAGGCUGGAGAGUUCCUGGAGCCAAGCGUGGGCACAGUUUCACAGCCCUUUGGGCGUGGUUCCAAACUGCCUUCCUGAAUGGCUGGAUUCAUUCACAGCUCCACCAACAAUGCAUCAGUGUGCUGCCUUUGCCAUGUCUGUCCCCUCCAACAGUUACCUCUUUCUUUUGCUGCCAUGUUGACUGAUCUGCCAGGUGUGAGAGGGUUCCUUGGGGUUUCUCGAAUCAAGAGGGAUUUAGAGCAUUUUUUCAUGUGAUUGUGGAUGGCUUUGAUUUCUUCAUCUGAAAACUGCCUCUUGAAGCCUAUCUAGCCUUUGACCAUUUGCCAACUGGGGAAUGUGGGUCCAUACAAAACUGCCUUCAUUCUCUUUCGAUCUGAUAAAGGAGGCCUUUAUCAGAGAGUCUGGCUAUGAACACUUUUCCCAGUUCGCUGCUUCUCUUCUAAUUCUGGUUGCAUUGGUUUUGUUUGUACCAAAGCAUUUUAAUUUAGUAGUGGUAGUCUCUCAGUGACCAAGAAUGACGAUUGUCUUUGUGCAUUAUCAUCUAUUGAUGUACCCUCAUGUGGCUUUGGAGUCCAAAGGCUGAGGCGCACAGUUUGUGGCACAUGGGGCCUGGGACGCCAGUUGUUACGGGAGGUGUGGUUGUGGCCGGGUGUCAGCGUUCACAAGACGUCAAUGUCGCUCAUCUUCAAAGAUGGCGGCGGCAUGGUGAAUGUGGGCUCGCCAGCUGCUUCUGUCAGAGGCAGCGAGUUCUAGUUGCUUUGGUGUCAUGCCAGCCCACUUCAAGUUGGACUUUAGCUGAUCCUUGAAUCUUCUCUUUGGUCGGCCUUGUUUCCUGAGUCCAGCUGACAGUUCACCAUAGAAUAUCUGUCUUGGUAUUCGCUGUGGGUCCGUGAGGAUGACGUGUCCAGACCAUCGUAGAUGGGUUUUGAGGACCAGGACUUCAAUGCUGGUGGAGUUGGCUCUGUCGAGGACUUCCUGGUUGGUGAUUCGGUCCUGCCAUCGGAUCCUCAUGAUUGACCAGAGGGAGUGUUGGUGGAAUUGCUCCAGCUGUUUCAUGUGCUUCUGGUACAGUGUCUGUGUCUCACACCGUACAGGAGCGAGCUGAGGACCACUGCAUUGUACACUUUGAGCUUCGUCGCAGUGCUUACACCUCUGGGUUGGAGGACUUUGCAGCACAGCCGCCCGAGUGCCUGGCUGGCCUUUUGGAUCCUGGCAUUAAUCUCACUCACUGGAAGCUCAACCAAGAAAUGGAACCAGUUCAGAGACACAGUGAAGGAAACAUCAAAGGCAGUCCUAGGCCCCAAACAACGCAACCACCAGGACUGGUUCGAUGAGAACAACACUGCUAUUGAAGACCUAUUGAGCAAAAAAGAACAAAGCCUUUAUGGAGUGGUAAAAUAACCCAAACUCUGCUCCUAAAAAAGGACAGAUUCAAGUCUCUCCAAGCCACAGCGCAGCGUGAGAUCAGGAAGAUGCAAGACUGAUGGUGGGGGAAAAAGGCAGAAGAAAUCCAGCGUUUUGCUGAUAAGAAAAACUACAGUUUUUCAGUGCCCUCAAGACUGUCUAUGGGCCAUUAAAACCCACCACCACUCCCUUGCUAGCCUCUGACGGUGACACUCUCAUAAAAGAUAAAAAAGGCAUCAGCAACAGUUGGAAAGAACACUUCAGUCAGCUUCUCAACCGACCCUCUUCAGUCGACCAAAGCGCCCUUGACCAGAUCCCCCAAAACCGCACCAUUGAACAACUUGACGUCCCUCCUUCUAUAGAGGAAGUCCAAAAAGCCAUUAAACAAAUGAGUGCAGGCAAGGCACCCGGUAAAGACGGGAUCCCAACAGAGGUGUACAAGGCCUUAAAUGGAAAGGUGCUCCAGGCAUUCCACAUAGUGCUGACCAGCACAUGGGAAGAGGAAGACAUGCCCCCAGAACUCAGAGAUGCCUCCAUCGUAGCCCUAUACAAGAACAAAGGUGCACGAGCAGCCUGUGACAACUACAGAGGCAUCUCACUACUCUCCACUGCUGGAAAGAUCCUCACCCGUGUUAUGCUCAACAAACUCCUGUCAUCUGUUUCAGAGCAGAACCUGCCUGAAUCACAAUGUGGCUUCUGACCAGAUCGCAGCACCAUCGCCAUGGCCUUCACGGUGAGGCAAAUGCAGGAAAAAUGCCUUGAGCAGAACCUGAGUCUCUACAUUGUCUUCAUAGACCUGACAAAGGCGUUGGACACAGUGAACAGGGACGCAUUGUGGGUGAUCCUCAGCAAGCUCGGUUGCCCAGCAAAAUUCGUCAAACUGAUCCAACUCUUUCAUGUCAACAUGACAGGGGAAGUCCUAUCUGGUGGAGAGACUUCCGAUCGCUUCAACAUCUCCAAUAGCGUGAAACAAGGCUGUGUCCUCGCUCCGGUACUAUUCAACCUAUACUUUACCCAAGUAUUACGAUGAUGGAUCUAGACCUGGGCGUCUACAUCAAAUACCGACUGGAUGGCUCACUAUUCGACCUUCGCCACCUGACUGCAAAAACAAAGACAACAGAGAGACUCAUCCUGGAAGCUCUCUCUGCAGAUGACUGUGCUCUCAUGGCCCACCAAGAAAAUCAUCUCCAAACCAUUGUGGACAGGUUCUCCACCGCAACAAAACCGUUUGGCCGGACUAUCAGCCUCAGCAAAACAGAGGUGCUGUUCCAACCCGCACCAGGGAGGCCAAUGAACCAGCUAUGCAUUACAGUCGACGGCACGCAGCUUUCUGACGUCAACACUUUCAAGUACCUGGGCAGCACCAUCGCCAACGACGGGUCCCUAGACCAUGAGAUCAAUGCCAGAGAUUAAUUUUAAUUUAAUGUCAUCAAAAUGAUUUCUUCCAUCUUGUGAUGUUUCGGGUUUCUUGUUUCCCCCUCACUUCUUCCUUCCUCCAUAAAUCUGGCAGAAUAAUGA